UUGCACACUUACUACCUGCAAACGUCAGGAUAAAAUGGACAACACACUAUAUUUUGUGGGAUUAUUUUGAAAUAUGAAGUUGUAAUGGACAAAAGAAGAUGAAAUGAUGAGAUUGCAGAUGGAUUUUCUAAACAAGGAAAACAUAAGAGAGGGAAAAGGCGACUUAGUGAAUGCUAGUAGUUGCUUUGCUUAAAUGAACAACUUGGGAAUGAGCGACGCAGCUGCAGCUAUGGCUCCACUCUCUCCAGGCCUGAGUGGGAGCUCACAACCUCCAACAUCUCCAAAGAAAUCUCCAAUUCAGUGUCUUGGAUCUUUAUCCCCGGGAAUGCUGUCACCUGCUAUGGUUAGAGCAAACUCCAGUGAUGAAGCAAAGCCAUCUUCAAGUGUUGUCAACUCACCCACUCAUUCAAUCAUGAGCUCCCCAAAACUCUGGCAUAAGAAGUCCAUCUGCAGACUGGCAGAGGAGUUCUUCUGGAUCGGAGGGAGUGUGGUGGCACAGCCUAAAUGGAGACUGGGGCAGAUAAUUGAGAGAUGUAUGUGCACCAUGCAGACAGGGACACAGAUGAACAAACUGAAGGGGAAGAAGAAGGGGCUGGUUCGCUUCUUUUACCUGGACGAGCACAAGUCCUGUAUCCGCUGGAGACCGUCACGGAAACAGGACAAAGCCAAGAUAACUAUUGACUCCAUCCAUGAAGUCCGUGAGGGGAAGAAGUCUGAGAUGUUCCGCAGAUACGCAGACAACCGCUUUGACCCCAACUGCUGUUUCAGUAUUUACUUUGGGGCUCGGGUCAAGUCCUUGGACCUGGUGACCACUAAUGCAGAACAGGCCCGGACCUGGAUUCAUGGACUCAAGUACCUCAUGGCCGGGAUCAGUGAUGAGGACAGUCUGGCCCGCAGGCAGCGGACACGAGACCAAUGGCUGCAGCAGACUUUCUCAGAGGCCGAUAAAAAUGGUGAUGGGACUCUGAGUAUUGGAGAAGUUCACCAGCUGCUCCACAAACUCAAUGUUAAUCUACCAAGGCAGAAAGUCAAGGAGAUGUUUCAGGAAGCAGAUACAGAUGAAAACCAGGGAUCUCUGGGCUUUGAAGAGUUCUGUUCAUUUUAUAAAAUGAUUUCAACGAGACGAGAUCUUUACCUCAUCAUGAUCUCAUACAGCAACCAGAAAGAAGUCAUGGAUUUACAGGAUCUGGCACGCUUUUUGGAGGUUGAACAGAAGAUGCGCGGUCUAGCAAGAGAACAUCUCAUCGACAUUGUGCACAAAUUUGAGCCUUGUCCUGAAAAUCUGCAGCGUUUAGUCCUGGGUAUUGAUGGUUUUACAAACUACAUGCGCAGUCCAGCAGGGGACAUCUUUAACCCCGAGCACAAUCAGGUGAACCAGGACAUGAGCCAGCCUCUGAAUAACUAUUACAUCGCCACAUCUCACAACACGUACCUGACUGGAGACCAACUGUUGUCCCAGUCCAGAGUGGAGAUGUACUCCUAUGUGCUGCAGGACGGGUGCCGCUGUGUGGAGGUGGACUGCUGGGAUGGUCCUGAUGGAGAGCCCAUUAUACACCAUGGUUACACUCUGACAUCCAAGAUUCUCUUCAGAGAUGUGAUAGAAACAAUCAAUAAAUAUGCCUUCACUAAAUCACCGUUCCCGGUGAUCUUGUCCAUAGAGAACCACUGCACUGUGCCUCAGCAGAAGAAAAUGGCGGAGUAUCUGAAAGAGGUGCUCCAGGAAAAACUGGACCUGUCCUGCAUCAAUGCUCCAGAGUUUAGGAAGCUACCGUCCCCCGAGCUGCUCAAAGGGAAAGUCCUCGUCAAGGGUAAAAAGCUGCCGGCUAACCUUGACCCUAAUGCAGAGGAGGGAGAUGUGUCAGAUGAAGACACUGAAAACGAGGACAUUGAGGAGGAAUCAGAUGAAGACGACGAUCCUCAGGACGGGAACAGUGCAGCGUCUGCCAACCAGCCCAAAAAGACAAAACGCUUUGGAAGGUCGAUUAUGAGGAGUUUCAAACGAAAGAGAAAAAAGAGAGUGCGCCCCAAAAACAGAUCGGUGUCAGAUGGAGAGUCGGACUACGGCGGCAGCAGAGACAGAGCGCAGAUCGUCUACCAUCCAAAGAAAAGAAAAACUAUGCGGCUGUCCCGAGCUCUGUCUGACCUGGUCAAAUACACUAAAUCAGUCCGAGUGCAUGAUAUAGAAACACAAGCGUAUACAAACAGUUGGCAGGUCUCUUCUCUGAAUGAAACAGUUAUGAACCAGAUCUUGCAGCUAAAGCCCGGGGACUUAGUGCGUUUUAACCAGAGGCAGCUCCUCAGAGUCUACCCCUCCAACUACAGAGUGGACUCCAGCAACUUCAACCCUCAGCCGUACUGGAACACAGGCUGCCACAUGGUUGCGAUGAAUUACCAGACUGAUGGUCGAAUGCUUGAACUGAACCGAGCCAAGUUUGCCACUAACGGGAACAGUGGAUACGUUCUGAGGCCCAAGUGCUUAAAUAAAGGUGCCUUUAAUCCCAUGCUAGAUGAUCCUCUGCCAGGAUACAGAAAAACCCAGUUAGUUCUGAAAAUUAUUAGUGGACAGCAACUUCCAAAACCAAAAGAUUCGAUGUUGGGAGACAGAGGAGAGAUUAUUGAUCCAUUUGUCGAGGUGGAAAUUAUUGGUCUACCUAUAGACUGUAAAAAGCAGCAAACAAGAGUAGUGGAUGACAAUGGCUUCAACCCAAUGUGGGAGGAGACUCUUGUGUUCAACAUUAAAAUGCCUCAAAUAGCACUGGUGCGUUUUGAAGUCUGGGACCAUGAUCCGAUUGGACGGGACUUUAUCGGGCAAAGGACUAUAGCUUUAAGGAGCAUGCUGCCAGGUUAUCGGCAUGUGUACCUGGAAGGCAUGGCGGAAUCCUCCAUCUUCGUUCAUGUGGCCAUCAUUGACGCCACUGGAAAGGCCAAAUCCACCAACGCCGUUCAAGUGGCCAAGAAGCACAUCCAGAAGGCAGCUCAGAAGCACUUAAAAGGACAACCACGGCAGGCGUCUUUGGACUUCUCCAUCCAGUCUUCAGAAGAUGGUCGUCCAUUUUUUCGUAGAGAUCUGGACUCGUUUUCUCAGGACAGUAAAAACGGGGAUGUAUUUCCCUUUGUCUCCGGCCCUACGGCUAUGGCACCUAUCCACAAGGGGGCGAUGAGCGAGCCAGUGCGGCGCGCCAAUAGAGUCAAAAUCCAAGAGCCUCCCAAGAAACCGAAGAGGGGGAUUUUGACACGAAUGGCUUCUAUUGAGUCUCCUCCUUUGACCCCUGCACCCUUCGUUUCACCGGUCAGUUUUGACAUUGUGUCCCAAGAUUAUUCUGACAGCUCUGCGGCUGAGAGUAACAGCAACACUUUUGUGCAAGUAGAGCCAGAACCUGCGCCUCUCCCUGAUUUCGUAGAAGAAGAAGAAAUUCAAACUUGUGAAUUUGUGCAACCUGAAAUAUUGGAAGAUUCAUCACAAGAACUUGAGGAAAACAAUGAAACAGACGCGCAAACUGACACGGCCCCCGAGCGUCAGUCUCUCCCUCGUCACAUUUCGCGACCUCUCAUCCCGCCCCCAUCUCCCCCCCGAAUUCGUCGAAUGUUAGAAACCCCAGUCACCCCAAGACCCUCCUCACCAAUAAGGACCAAACACCGCUCGCAAAGCUGCCCAUCAAAAAGGUUAUCUUCCCAAACGCCAAUGAUAAACAGGAAGACUAGUUUCCAGAAAACACCAGAACGUUUUAGUAGUCAGGUGAGGCCAAUCCCCAAUGGAGUGUGUCUGUCUGAAAGUUCCUCCAUUAGCAGUAGCAGCACGGACAGUCUGGAGUUUGUGGCUUCAAGUGUCCCAGUCGGAGCGGGACAAGAUGACGGCACUUUGCAACGAGAAAUGAAGGUACUUUUUGAGCAGAAGAUGAGAGAAAUUCGCUGCAAGUCACCUCUGAUUUUUGAAGAUGAGUCAGGAUAGUUAUAGGCAAAUCAUUUUUAAAGAUGCUGCCAACUGAA